GCCCUCUUGGAUCAGCAAAGGGCUAUGGGGAAAAACGCAGCUUUUUAUCAUCAUCCUCAGGGGCCAGCGGUCGGCGCGGGAAGUGAAGUCAUAAUGGCUCGCCGGAACUGGGUCUUGUGGGCAUGGCCUCUUCUGAUACGAUCAUCUCCGGUGAGGGGAUUUUGAGUGUCCGCCUCAGGCGCCGCAAGCCAGUUCGGGCGGAAGCUGGGCCCUCGCCCAGCGCUACUUCCCGGGCCUGCCGUGAACAGUUCCCUGUCGCGGAGAGCGAGCAGCGGCAGGAGGCGACUUCCCGCCGAGCACCAUGGCCGGCGGGGAGGCCGCCCCAGCGGCGGGGCCCGACUCCGAGCCCUGCCGAGGGGGUGAGGAAGUCGGGGAAGACGGCGACGCUGGGACGGGCUGGGUGGAGAAGCUGCGCGCGGAGUGCGAGCCCGAGGGCCACUGGCAGCACCGCCGGGAGUUCUUGAUUCGCAACGCGGAAGGCCUGCCCUUGUCGCCGGGCGGGAAAGACGGCGGUGGCGGGGACGGAGACAGCGUGGAAUUACGGCGACUGACCUCUCUGUCUAUGGUGUGGGCCAACCAUGUCUUCCUGGGAUGCAGGUGAGUCGCUGGCGGGAGAAGUGAAACUUAAAAGCGUUUCGUUUGCGUGAGAUACGUUACGUUACUUUAAGGGUAAUUAAUUUCACAAUGAGGAGGAGGAGUUUCUUAAGAUGUCAUAAACCUAAGAAGGAAAAUAAGGCAUUCUCCGAAUGUUGUUAUAAAUCUUUGUUUUUUCUUUACAAGCUAAUGCACGUAUUUUUGCAGCUGGCUUAUGUGCUAAAAUAACGUUAAUCCCCCAUUUUUGAGCAAAAACUACAAGAUCAUUUUCUGCCUAAUUGUAUUAACUGUACGUAUUGUCAUAUUCAUAUCCCAUGUUUCUUCUAUCAUGAAGCUCAGGCUGACAUACAUGGGAUUCCCGGGUGAUUUCCACUGAGGCACUGACCAGGACCAGACUUGUAUACCUUUAGCAAGGUAGUUGCCUGGUGUACCUGUAAGUUGCUGUAGUCCCACAACACACUCAUUAUGUUGAUCAUGUCCUGAUUUUACCAUAUAGGCCAAUUGUGCUAAAGCCUGUAAUUACUUUAAUUUUGCUACCUGUGUUCAGAACUGUGGUGCUUUUAAGACUUUGUAACAGCCAGCUAAACCAAACAAAUGUAUCUUCUAUUUUGACUGUGUCCCCCCCCUUUUUUUGUUAAUCUAGAUUCUGAGAUGAGAGGCAAGCUUGUUACUCUGAAUACACAUUCUGUGACUAAACAGUGCUAAGACUCUAAUAAUCUUAGAGCACUGAAUUCCUCUUGUCUAGGUCUCAUUGUUCUGUCUUUCCACAAGUCACCCUGAAUGGCAGAUAAAUUGCUAUUUGCUUCUUGAAACAUUUUUUGAGCGGAACAUAAGACGUCUCCAGUUUUACACAAUCAACUGGAUCCAGGUGGAGCUAGUCACAUUUAGUUGACACUGAAAUCAAUAAGAUUUAAGUUGAAUCAUUAUCUUUUCACAUUGGGCUUAAUGAGGCCUAAUUAGAAGUAAUUUUGUAUUGAUCUGAGCCAUUCUUAUAUCAGUGCAUUGAAAAAUGGAAUUACUAUUCCACAACGCAGAUAUCUGGGGUUUGGAGAGUGCCUCAAACUCUGAGGCAUCAAAAGUUUAUUUAAAGUAUUUUAAUUGCUUUUUAGAGCCAAGCACCCAUGCAGCCAGAUGUCUGAAAACAUUCUGACCCUGAAAAUAGCUGCCCCCUUUUUCUUCUUCUCUUGAGUUCUUACUACACUACUGCUUGGGGUGUGUGAAGGUGGAAUUGGCAAUAUCUACAAUCCAAAUAACAUGUAUGUGUUAGUAGCUGUCUUGAGGAUCAGUGAAUGCGAACUAAAUUUUUCCUCAAAAUGCUAAUUGCAGUUGCCUUUUCCCUUCAGGUAUCCUCUGCAAGUGAUGGAAAAAGUGAUGGACAUGGCUGCAGGCAUCACAGUGACCAAUGCUCCAACCCACACUCUGAGAGAUGAACUGGUUGCCAAGGUGAAACGAGGCAUAUCCAGUAGCAAUGGUUAGCAGAUAAUAGCUGUGCAAAUACACAUAGGAGCAUAAUAAAUGAAUACAUGUUAUCCUCUCAAAAAUGUCAGCCAACAUUCUUUAAAUUGUCAGUUAUGUUGAUAAUAUUAUUAAUAUUUGAUCUAACUCAUUUUGCUUUGGUAAAUCUUACAAUCAAAUAAGUGUAAGGUGAAUUUGAUUUAAUUCAUGCAGAAGUGUUAACUGUCAAUUUGCCUUCCUAGUAGUUUUAUGGCAGCAGUGAGCAAGGAACUUUGAUCUAAACUACAUACAGUAGGGUAUGAUGCUUUAAAUGUACCUCUUCAAAGCAGACAGUUAUUAAUUCUAUACCUAUACAAUUCCUGCAGAGGCCAUUAAUUGUAAGACUUUAAGGUAACUCAGUUUCCUUGACUCUGUUUCUAAAGUGUGUGUUUGAUUGUGAUAAGGACAGUUACACUUACUCUGAAUUACAGACAUAAUUUGUUUUUAACUUUUUUUUAGAAGGGCCAGAAGAGCCCUGCAAGAAGCGUGCUGUUGGCACAGAAAAAGCUUCUGAAAUUACUGGCAGUGAUGCAGAGUCUGCAAAGCCAGAAGAGCCCAUGGAAACAGAUAGUAAUCCUGUGAAGAACCCAGGAAAAGAGGCAGCAAAAAAUGCAGAGAAGCCACUGUCUUCGACUGCAGCCCAAAAGGUAGCACCUGCAGCAUCUUCGACUGUGGCCGAAAAGGAAGCACCUACAGCAUCAGCAGCAGUGGUUCAGAAGGUAACGCCUACAGCUCCAGUCUCUACAGCUCAGAAGGUAGCACCUGUAGCCUCUUCGACUGCACCUCAGAUAGCAGCACCCACAGCAUCCUCAACUGCAGUCCAGAAGGUAGCAACUGCAGCUCCAGUCUCCACAGCGCAGAAGGUAGCACCCGCUGCAUCCUCAACUGUAGCAAGAGUAGAAGCCAGAGUUGCUAAUUAUGAAUCUACAGCAACCACUAGGCAGAAAUCAGCUGUGGCUUCUUCUUUGCCUGGCCCUGAAUCAAAACUGAAUUACUCUUUAAAUAAACCUUCAGAAUCCAAAUCUGAAAACACAUUAGCAUCUGAAAAGAAAGGCACAUUGGAAGAUAUGGCAGCGUUAGCUUCAAAAAGCAGCUCACACACGAGUGUGGUUCCUGCCAAAGUGCCAUGCAAAUUAUUAACAAGCGAAGAUGCAAAAGAGAGGCAACCAUUUUUCAAUAGACUAUACAAAGCUGUUGCUUGGAAGUUGGUUGCUGUUGGAGGGUUUAGUCCCAAUGUCAAUCAUGUCGAACUCUUAAACUCAUCCAUUCAGUCUGUAAAGGCAACAUUAGAUGUUGAAUUUGUCCCACUGAAAGAGCUGGCGGAUUUACCUCAGAAUAAAAGCUCUCAGGAAAAUGUGGUGUGUGAACUGAGAUGUAAAUCGGUGUAUUUGGGUACUGGCUGUGGAAAAAGUAAGGAAAAUGCCAAAGCAGUUGCUUCAAGAGAGGCACUGAAACUGUUUCUCAAGAAAAAGGUAAUUGUGAAAUUAUGUAAAAGGAAGUACAAAGGAAGGGAGAUUGAAGAUUUGGUGCUUCUUGAUGAAGAAUCAAAACCAUUAAAUUUACCUCCAGCUUUAAGAAAUCCUCAAGAAAUAUUAUAAAACAGUGAAACAGUCACUGUUUAUAUUAGCAAAUAUUGUUCUAUCACAAAUAACUCGAUUACUUUUUGUACACUGUAUUAGACUCCCAUAUAUUUUGUAUUUUUCAGUUUUGAGGAAUUCUUGUUCUUUUCACUCAGUAGCAAAUGUAAAUAAUUUGUUAUAGAUGUAAAGCGUGCUGAGGUAUGCCUUAACAUAUAUAGCACAUUAGUGUGCUGUUUUAUUUGCUAAAUAGUAUACCAGGUCUUCUAUUUUUUAAGGAACAAUUAAGGUACAGUUUGCUGUUCAGUCUAAUUUUCUAAAUCCUACAAUUUAGUAUCAGUAAUGCUCACUUCAGAACUCAUCCUUUUUAGCUGCGAACUGAUUUGUAGACAAGAACCAUUGUAUCUGGAUUGUAGAAGGCUGUCUAAAAGUUUCAAUCAAACCUUUAAUCACCUGCUUCAUGUGUUGCUCAGAAUGUUCAUAUGCCUCUUUUAAAAAAAGAAGAUAGUUGAUUUAAGUUUUUUAAUGAAGUAGUAAUAUUUUAAAUUUUAACUAAAAUGAUAUGCUGGUCCUAUUUAAUAUCAUACUUGCAAAUUGUCAGUCAAUAAUCACCAAAUUACUUCUAUCACUAAACACUUCUCUAAGCAGCUUUGACUUAUAUUUUGUGAGAAAUACCAUCUUUGCUUUUUUUCUAAUAAAUGCAGCUUUCUAUAUUCAGCAAUUAUUUAUGUCUGUGUAAUUUGGGAUUAUUUUUAAAGAUUUUAUGAAAUAUUCUGCUUCCAUUUCAUUUAACUAACAAUAUAUGGUUAUAACUUAGAUAUUUGCUCAGUCUUAAACACACUAGUAUUAAUUUGCAAGUUCAACCACUCAAAUUAAGUGCUAAUUUUAUUAAAACCUGCACUGCAUUAUGACUUGGGGUUGUCAACAAGUAUUAACUAAAAGGUGUUGCAUUCACACACUGAAUCUCAUCUAAAGUUCUGCACUGCUGUGAUGUCUGCACAUAGGUCUACAUGUACAGGCAUCGUUCUGUUCCUCCAUGUUAGUAAAAUGUUCUCUGAACAGUGAAAUGUUCUCACAGCACUGAUGGAGCAUUUCCCAUCGUCUGUUAAUUUUCUUCACACAGCACUGCUUUGAGUGUUGCUGUGGCAUUUAAUAAAUAUCCCAAGGCAACAACUACCUAUGCUAAUUCCAGGAUCUGGACCAAAGCUGUAAGAUGGGAAGCAAGACAGCAUUUCUUGCAGCUGAAUGAAAUACAAGUAGUGAAUGACAACAGAGCCCUUCCUGAAGUUGCUUAAAUAAUUCCUCUCACCUCAGCAACAGAACACGCAAUAGCUUAAUCUUAAGGAAACUUAAAGGAAAUUUAUGGAAGGAACAUUUCUGUUCCUGCGGCCACCUGCCUCACCCUUUGCUAAGUCUCUGGAGAGUUGGAGAGCCCAUCCUGAACUGUGAGAUGGGAUACCAAGGAGUGAUAGGGGAGGAAGAAAGGAAACACUCCUUUCACGAACUUCCUUAUGUUGACUUAGGAUCCAACUCAUUAUUCAAAUUUUUGCAAAUCGAUUUCAAAUGCAUUUUAAUAGAAUAUUGUGUAAUAGGGGUUGCUGACAUCUUAGGGCCCAUAAGCACAUUUGCAAACCUGAGAAAUGAGUGUGGGUUCUGUUGAAGGGAAGGCCUUGUUGAGCACAUCUGCACCUGCAGGUGCCAUGUUGGUGACCCCUGUUCCUCAGCAAAAGUGGGUAAAAAUGAAUAUGUGGCAGCUGAUUGUUUGUUAAAGAAAGGUAGACUCCUUUGUAAGAAAAAAAUACUCAUUCAAAUAAAGAUAUUUUCAGUUGUUUGGCUCCUGUUCAAACUUAAUGGGUUAAACUUCUUGCAAAAAACUAUUGGGAAAACAAUUUUGAUUUCAGUUUUUAUUUGUACAGCAUGGUAGAUUGUACAAUCCACAACACUUAUGAGAAGAGAAGAGUGGCAGAAAAAGUAGCAUCAAAUGUGUAUUUCUUUGUGCUUCUUUAAUUUGGCCUUGUAUAGUAAUAUUUGCUUGUUAAACAAAAAGCACAUCUGCAGCCAGCAUUUUGCUAUGGAGGUGAAUAACCUUUUUCAGGUCACAUCCCUUUGUGGCUGCCAUUCCUAUCCAAGGUCAUAAGUGUCUGCUGGAUUAGGCCACUGACCCCUCUAAUCCAGCAGCCUGCCCUUACAGCAGCCAACCAGAUGCCUGUAGGAACCCUGCAAGCAGGACAUGAGCGUAACAACACGCUGCUCAUCUGCAGUUCCCAGCAGCUAGUAUUCAGAGGCAUACUGCCUCUUGUGAGUGGAAGUAAAACACUGAUUGUGGCUAGUAGCCAUUGACAGCCUUAUAUUGCCAGGAGCAGGCAGAGUCACCCCACACACUUCCUUACACACCCUUCUAUUCUCUGACCAGGCAUUCUCUCUCACUUGCAUAUGAUCUAGCAGUUUCCACUUU